GGUUAAAAAGUCAAUCGUUAACAUCGCACCUGACAGCCGGCUUAUGGAAUGGAAGAUCCUGAGACUCGGGACUGGACCACCUGCAAACUCAAAUCGAUAACAAGGGCUAGAUUGAUUUUAAUUGUCAAUUAAUUAUAUUUUGCUCGAAGAAUUGGGCUGUAUAUAUUUUUUUUAUCGACGCCUUAUUUACCACUGAAACGACUCGAUGCACGGAUGUUGUUGUGAUAUGGGCUAUGCUGACCCACAACAACCAUUCUGAACAGCGCAUGAAAAGCCUCGAGGACUGAAUUUUCUCUUUCUUUUCUUUUUUUUUUAUUAUCUGAGGACUGGACCGCCAUCUCAACCUAACCUAAUAGGCUAUUUAUGGCAGGGUCAUGCAUCGUGGUCUUAAUGUUGUUACAGGGCUGUUGUUAUAAUAAUUAGGCCUAUAAUAAUAAUAAUAAUUAUUAUUAUUAAUAAUAAUAAUAUUACAGGCUGGCUGGUGUAUUCUUAGCCUAUCCCAGGCUACAUGAACGCUUCUCAUCAUGAAGUAGCCUAGUCUAGCUGGCAUCGCUAUUCGCUCAUUUUGGUGACGGGAAUGGAAGAGAUGCUACCGCCUGAAUCCACACGGAUUUCAUUACAGUUAAUUCGUGGCAAACAGGCUAUGAGAAGCGAAAGAUUCUAUCAUAUUAGAAGAAACAACAUUUUAAUCGUUGUGCUUGACUGAAUUGUGUAGCCUAGGUUUGAUAGGUUUUCUGGCAUUCGACAUCAUCGUCCAGCUGAAACAACACAGAACGCCGUGACAGUAGGAGCUCAUUGUUUGCAUCGCUAAUGAGAAAAUGUCACCCUCUGGUCCAGAUCAAGCCUUGUGUACAUGAAGAUUUUGCAUCAGUUACAAGGCUAGUGGUCCUAUGGACAGGAGGGCCAUUGUUAGUAAAUGCCCUACAUGGUCUUACUGUUGGAUGUAUAUUCAGGAUGUCAGUUGGCCGAGAGGGAGCGGUUUUAAUGCUGCCGACAUCAUAAAUGGGGACACACAGACUGUGUGCAAUUAAAAACAUCAAGCAGCCAUCCAGCGUGGAAAAUUAUCUGACAGUCCUCUGUCAUUUGACUCCUCUGUGAGUUUUGCAUCCAGUGGGCUCUGCAUGGAUGGUUUGUGUGAGUUGACAGAGGAAUCACCCCAGCUGUUGAGACCCCACCGCUGACGACCGGUAGCCAUGGAGCCCCAUACUAGACUGAGUAGCAGUGGCGACGCUGCCACACUGCCCUGCGCCAGUUGUGGGGGGUGCUACCACCCACCGACCUCCUCCUCCUCAAACUCAUCAGGGCCCCCAAACAUGACCGAGCCACCUGGCUUUGGUGACACAGAGAACGGGAACAGCUGGAACUCCUCGCGGAUGUCAUCCUGCAGCUCCCCGGACUCGCACGUCCACCCGCCUCCCGGAGAGAGAGCCCCGUUCUGGACAGCGGUGUUUGACUACGAGGCCACGGCAGACGAGGAGCUCACACUACACCGUGGGGAUUUGCUGGAGGUGCUCUCCAAGGACGCGAAGGUGUCCGGAGAUGAGGGCUGGUGGACAGGUAAGAUUCAGGACAAAGUCGGCAUCUUCCCCAGCAACUACGUGACGCGGCGGAGUACCAGCUACCCUAAGCUGCCACCCGAACAUAUGCUGGUGUGUGGGGAGUGCCCACUGGAAAUUGACUUUGCAGAGUUGAGCUUGGAGGAAGUGAUUGGCGCCGGCGGCUUCGGAAAGGUGUACAAAGGUAUGUGGCGCGGGGAGGAGGUGGCCGUGAAAGCCGCCAGGCAGGACCCGGACGAGGACAUCAGCGUGACGGCGGAGAGUGUGAGGCAGGAGGCCCGUCUCUUCUGGAUGCUGAGGCAUCCCAACAUCAUCUCCCUGCGUGGCGUCUGCCUGCGGGAGCCCAAUCUCUGCCUGGUGAUGGAGUACGCCCGCGGCGGAGGCCUGAACCGAGCACUGGCAGGCAAGAAGGUGCCACCCAGGGUGCUGGUGAACUGGGCCGUGCAGAUCGCCACGGGGAUGGACUACCUUCACAAUCACACUAUUGUUCCUGUCAUCCACCGAGACCUCAAGUCCAGCAACAUUUUGAUUCUGGAGCCAGUGGAGAGGGAUAACGUAUGGGGGAGGACCCUGAAGAUCACCGACUUUGGGUUGGCACGGGAGUGGCACCGCACCACCAAAAUGAGCGCAGCGGGUACCUACGCUUGGAUGGCACCAGAGGUCAUCAAGCUGUCUCUCUUCUCCAAAAGCAGUGAUGUCUGGAGUUUUGGGGUUCUGUUGUGGGAGUUAUUGACGGGAGAGGUUCCGUAUCGGGAGAUUGAUGCUCUGGCCGUGGCCUACGGUGUCGCCAUGAAUAAGCUAACGCUUCCAAUCCCAUCCACCUGCCCAGAGGCCUUCGCACACCUGCUUGAAGAGUGUUGGAGCCAUAACCCUCACAGCCGCCCUUCCUUUGGGAGCAUCCUGAAGCGGCUGCUGGCCAUCGAGCAGUCAGCUAUGUUCCAGAUGCCUCUGGAGUCUUUCCACUCUCUGCAGGAGGACUGGCGGCUGGAGAUCCAGCAGAUGUUUGAUGAGCUGCGGGCAAAAGAAAAAGAGCUCCGCUCGUGGGAGGAGGCGCUAGCCCGGGCAGCGGAGGAGCAGCGGGAACAGGAGGAGCAGCUCCGGAAGAGAGAGCAGGAGCUGGCCGAGCGCGAGAUCGACAUCGUGGAGAGGGAGCUGAACAUCAUCAUCCACCAGGUGUACCAGGAGAAGCCACACGUCAAGAAGCGCAAGGGCCACUUCAAGAAGAGCCGCCUGCUCAAGCUGGGCCGAGACAGCAACAGCAUCAGCUUGCCCUCUGGUUUCGAGCACAAGAUCACUGUGCAGGCCUCGCCGAGUGUGGACAAGAGAAAAGCGCAGGGGAAAGCUGAGACCACCACUCCUCCAGCCAGCCCAGGAGUCAUCCCUCGCCUCAGGGCUAUUCGCUUGACCCCCUGCGAUGGCAGGAAGACCUGGGGCCGCACGACUGUGUGCAAGGAGGAGGUGGUGAACAGCAAGAAGAAGGGCCGGACCUGGGGCCCCAGCUCGACCCAUCAGAAGGAGAGAGUCGGAGGGGAGGACAGAUUGAAGUCCCUUGGCGAGGGAUGCAAGACAUGGUCCUCCAGUGCCCCAAAUCUUGGGAAAUCCCCAAAGCACAUUCCCAUGACAGCUGGUUUUUCCAGCUUAAAUGAAAUGGAGGAAAACUGCGAGGACACCUCUCCGUCUCAGCUGCAUCUGGAGGCCAGCAGUAACGGCUCCACAGCCUCGGCCACCGGGGCCCAGGGCUCUGUCCAGCGCUGCAGACACCACAAAAACAGCAACCUGCUGCUGCUGGGCUGUGCCUCGGUGCUGGCCUCCGUGGCUCUGGGACAGGACCUCCUGCAGCUGGGACGUCUGCAGGUGAGUCAGGAUGAGCAGGAGGCCCGUGAGAAGAAGAAGGAGGGUCUGUUCCAGCGCACCAGCCGCUUCCGCCGUAGCACGUCCCCGCCCAGCCACACGCUCUCGCUGUCCCUCUCUCAAAGCCAUCACCACGACUCGGCCCUGGCCUGCCUGGACCCCUCGCCCUCCGUCACCCUCCUCUCCCUCUCCUCGCUGUCCGACUGCAACUCCACCAAAUCCCUUCUGCCCUCUGACCCCGACGACCACCUGCUGCCCUCGCCGGCCCUGCCCGUGGUCUCGCCCACGCCGACACUCAACCCCCUGCUGGACCUGCGGGCCGAGAGCUUCAAGCGCGAGCCCAAUCAGUCGCUCACGCCCACUCACGUGUCGGCCGCCAUGACCCUGAACCGCAAGCACCGCCGCACGCCAUCGGACAGUGCCAUCGGGCCGAGGGUUCCGCCUGUGGUGCUUCAUCGGCGCACUCCAUCUGACGGCAGUGUGUCCAUUCCCCCCACGCAAGCACUGAUCACCGCAUCACACACAGGACCCCGUGGCACUUUCAAGAUGCCCCAUUUACCCGACCCCUCCAGCCUAUUCCCGUCAGUGCCUCGUCGCAAGCCUCUGACUCUAGCGCCUCCUCCUCCUCCUCCGCCGGCAGCGGCAGUCCACCACCACCACCACCACCACGAGAGCCUGUCCGGCACGCCCACCCUGGAGAGGCCCACCACGCUGGAGUUCGUGCCCCGUCCCCGGCCGUCGUCUCGGCCCCGCCAGGACCCCUGGAAGCUGGCGUCCUUCUCGCGGACACUGAGCCUGUCGCCUGGCAGCAGCAGCGACAGCCUCUUGGGCUCUGGAGACAGCAGUGUGUGCGCUGCGCAACAGACGCUCCUGGACAUGGACAUGGAGGGGCAGAACCAGGACAGUACCCUGCCCUUGUGCAGCCAGCACCCCCCUCCCACUCUCUGUGGACAUCAUUUCUCUUAGUCCCCUAACUCCCAACCCCUCAAUCACAUACACACACACCUUCAAUCCCGGUCCCCCAUAUGGAUCCUCUAAGGGGCCUACUUGUUGUUUCUUAGAAUAUAUUUCUGUACUCUGACUCAGAUAGACUCCGGUGGACUCGACCGAAGACGUGGAUUCAUGCUCUCUUAUGCAACAGUGAUUAGGACCUUGAGAGUCUUUACUGUGUGUGCAUAUUUUUACAUUUAUUUAAUGCCUGUAAGUGUGUGUGUGUGUGUGUGUGUGUGUGUGUGUGUGUGUGUGUGUGUGUGUGUGUGUGUGUGUGUGUGUGUGUGUGUGUGUGUGUGUGUGUGUGUGAAUAUAAGAAUGGAUGUUUUGACUGAUAGGGCAUUUGUCAUUGCAAUCUGUAAUAUAUCCAAAUGACUGUCAACAUUGAUGUGUAAUAUAUUCACAUGGCUGUCAACCUAUAGAUAUUCUUUAGAUGUAACUAUAAACAUAAAUUAUUUAAUUUUUACCUUUUUUAUUUUGAAAAAAGGACCUACUCAAACCUAAUUUACAAAGCACAAGCUCUCUCGCACCAAUACCAAAUAGGACUGAGGUUCUAUUUCCUACUAUUUCUGGACUGUGCAGAGGCCUUCUUAUUUUUCUUAUGAAUAUACAUGAUGUGAAUAUGUGCAUCUAUAUGUUGGGAAGCAUGCUUAUUUGUGUGAAUAUCAAGUGAGUAGCAUAGCACAUCCAUUAGUUUUCAGCAUCCUCUCUGUCAGAAUAUUCUAUCCUUCUCAUGCAGCUAUAUCUAUCUCUAGCCCUCUCUCUUUCUUCUGCUCUCAAACAGUUCUACAGUGAAAAUCACACAGAGGAGGAAUUUGGGUUUUUUCAACAUCAACAUCAACAUCUACCUGCUUUGUCUGAACAAUCCGUAGCUAUUCACCUAUUUAAUAGAACCUCAUUACUCAUCAUUAUGCCGCUAUUAUGUCCUCAUGAGGAUGGGAAGGGUCUGGACUAACUACAAGCCAUCCAUGAAUACAAUCAACCGCUGAAGUGACUCUGAAGGAUGGAGUGGACUUUUACGCUGACAGACGCAAUACCAACAUACAUCCUAUUCUUUAGGAGAUCAUGCACAGAGCUAGAAAUGGCUGAAACAUUUUUAUGCGGCGCUGUUUGUAUUUGUCCGCUGUAUGCUUGUGGUGUGUGUGUGUGUGUGUGUGUGUGUGCGUGUGUGUCUGUUUACUAUGGGUAUUUGGAAACUAUGAUGCUAUGUGAAGGAGUGAACUAGGCCCAUUCUUGUAUUUUAUGUGUGAACGGCCAUGGUAUUUAUUAAAAUAACUGUUACCUCUGAGGUUUCCAUUAAUCAUUAUCAUCGCUGGUAGAAUAGCAGAAGUCCAAUAUGAGCUGUCUAUAGGAGACAACAAUAAAAAUGUACGACAAUGGAUGUUCAAGAUCAAAACCCUGAAUCUGUAAGGCUGCAGUAAUCUGUAAGGCUGCAGCAGACACAUUCUGAAACAUCAAAUACUCUCAUGCAAUAUGGCUUUUAAAGGCUUUGAAAUUAUUAUUAAAACAUAGGGCCCUAUUCACUACCAUUAUGAAGACAUAUUUUCUUUAUAGAUUACAGGUAUAGACAACUCUCGAAUACACUAAUGUACUGAAAAGAGCCUAUUCAAAGUUACUGGUUAAGUAUGAUAUACCAAUAAAUAUUUCCAUGACAACCAUA